AUGGUUGGAGAAGGUCUAAGCGGCGGCGAGUCAGGCGGCGGUCAGCCAGACGCCGGCGAGUCAGGCGGCGUCGUGUCAGGCGGGGGCGAGUCAGGCGGCGUCGAGUCAGGUGGGGGCGAGUCAGGCGGCGUCGAAUCAGGCGACGUCGAGUCAGGCGGCGGUAAGUCAGGCGGCGUCGAGUCAGGCGACGUCGAGUCAGGCGGCGGUAAGUCAGGCGGCGUCGAGUCAGGUGGCGUCGGGUCAGGCGGCGGCGAGUCAGGCGACGCCGAGUCAGGCGGCGUCGAGUCAGGCUGCGGUAAGUCAGGCGGCGUCGAGUCAGGCGGCGUCGAGUCAGGCGGCGUCGAGUCAGACGGCGUCGAGUCAGACGGCGGUGAGUCAGGUGGCAUCGAGUCCGGCGGCGGCGAGUCAUGCGACGUCGAGUCAGGCGGCGUCGAGUCAGGUGGCGUCGAGUCAGGUGGCGUCCAGUCACACGGCGUCGAGUCAGGCGGCGUCGAGUCAGGCGGCAGCGAGUCAGACAAAAGUGAGUCAGACGGCAGCGAGUCAGACAGAAGUGAGUCAGACGACAGCGAGUCAGACAGAAGUGAAUCAGACGGCAGCGAGUCAGACAGAAGUGAAUCAGACGGCAGCGAGUCAGACAGAAGUGAGUCAGACGGCAGCGAGUCAGACAGAAGUGAGUCAGACAGAAGUGAGUCAGACGGCAGCGAGUCAGACAGAAGUGAGUCAGACGGCAGCGAGUCAGACAGAAGUGAGUCAGACGGCAGCGAGUCAGACAGAAGUGAGUCAGACGGCAGCGAGUCAGACAGAAGUGAGUCAGACGGCAGCGAGUCAGACAGAAGUGAGUCAGACGGCAGCGAGUCAGACAGAAGUAAGUCAGACGGCAGCGAGUCAGACAGAAGUAAGUCAGACGGCAGCGAGUCAGACAGAAGUGAAUCAGACGGCAGCGAGUCAGACAGAAGUGAGUCAGACGGCAGCGAGUCAGACAGAAGUGAGUCAGACGGCAGCGAGUCAGACAGAAGUGAGUCAGACGGCAGCGAGUCAGACAGAAGUGAGUCAGACGGCAGCGAGUCAGACAGAAGUGAGUCAGACGGCAGCGAGUCAGACAGAAGUGAGUCAGACGGCAGCGAGUCAGACAGAAGUGAUUCAGACGGCAGCGAGUCAGACAGAAGUGAAUCAGACGGCAGCGAGUCAGACAGAAGUGAAUCAGACGGCAGCGAGUCAGACAGAAGUGAGUCAGACGGCAGCGAGUCAGACAGAAGUAAGUCAGACGGCAGCGAGUCAGGCAGAAGUAAGUCAGACGGCAGCGGGCGACGGACGGACGCCCAACGACGGACACAUACAACGGACACGACGGACGCCAGAAGUGGUGCGACGGAAAUUGCGAGAGUGGCAUUUCCGGUAUGUGCGGUGACGUCGAGAUGGGGUGUCAGGGAAGAUGAUGUGAGCGGAUCCGGUCACACCGAAGAGGACAUGCCGGGUGACCUGGGGCUCGACCAAUUGUUCCGAGAGGAGGCCAGAAGACAAGUGACAGGUGAGGAAGAGUCGGAUAAGAGUAUCCAAGUUACUCUCACCAGUCCUCUAGGUAUUGACAAUGCCCUUCUAGAAGAGAGGCUAUGUCAUCUGGAUAAAGGGCAAAGAAGAGAUCUAGUGACCCUAAUAAGGAAGAACAAGUCACUCUUCACAGAUGUGCCCCGACGGCAGAAGAGUGUUGUGCACGAGGUGGACGUGAGCGGAGGAAACUCAAUAAAGCAGAGCGCUUAUCGAGUGAGUUCUGAGAAGAGGAAGAUCAUGCGACAAGAGGAGGAGGAGGAUCUGCUAGCAAAUGAUCUCGCUGAGCCCAGCAACAGUGAGCUGAGCAACCUUGUGUGUUGGUUAAGAAGAGUGAUGGAUCAUAUCGCUUUUGCACCGACUAUCGCAAAGUGA